AUGAUAUAUACUGAAGAGUUGGAGAAAGAAGAAGAUAAAGAUAUGGUUAUGUUGCAUUUAGUCAGAAGAAACAACAAGAGCUUUUAUGACUUAGCUAAAAUAUAUAAAUCUGACAGAAACUGGUUCUAUCGUGAAAACUUACCGAUUUCAAUGACACCGAAUGAGCAAAUAAAGGAAAUUGUCAAAAAUACUCUUCCUCAAACACACUAUGACAUCAAAGGUUGCACAAUACUUACAUUCAAAGAAGACUUAACAUUACUGAAGGAAAAAAUAACAGAAUAUUUCGAUAACUUCAAAGAGGAAGAAUAA